AUGACCAUUCACCGCGUUACGCUGUUUAACAUCCCCAAACCGGAGAAUAUUGAUCUCCUGGUGGCCGAAUAUCGUAACCUCGCUCAAGAAGCAAAGAGGAACUCCGAGCCCUAUAUUCUCGACGUUCAAGCUGGUCGCACUUUGCCCGAUGCACGAACCAAGGGCUAUACACUAGCCGUGAAGACCACUUUCCGCAAUCUAGACGACAUGGAAUUCUACGAUUCUGACUGUGAGACACACAAGCGUCUGAAGUCGGUGGCAGCGCCUCUCAGGGAGGGCGAUGUGUUUGUUGCGUAUUUCGAAGAUGAGGUGGCAUUGGCCUCAAGUGUCUAG